GUAAUAAUAAUAAUGUCCAAUUAUGCAUUAUAGUGUCUUGUGUGGAUAUGGUGGAGAAGGUCCAACGCCCUCUGGUGUCCAGACUGGUGCAUGUCAGGGAAGAGUCACCUGGAAGCUCUGAACAAGACUCACAAUAUUCAUUGGGAAGAGGAAAACUUGAUGAAUCAAGGACAGGAGGAGGUAAUGGGAAUGGAAUGAUGGGUCGUCCAGCUGCUGCCAAUGCUGCCCGUGAGAGAAACAGAGUGCAGACCUUACGCCACGCUUUCCUGGAGCUACAGAGGACACUACCUUCUGUGCCCCCAGACACAAAGUUGUCCAAGCUGGAUGUUCUCAUACUUGCUACAACCUACAUUGCCCACCUUACCCGCAGUCUCCAGGAGGAGGAUGAGAGCAGCCACAACCACCCAUUCACCAGCCCAAGCAGCUCCAACAGCCUCAGUCCAGAUCUUCUUGGGUCUUUACACAGUGGAGAUGGAUACCUACAUCCUGUCAAGAAAUGGCCCAUGAGAUCCAGACUUUACAUUGGAGCCUCGGGGCAGUUCCUCCACCAGUCAACAGGGUCUGAGAACCAGGAUCAAGAUGAGAACACCCCACGCUCAUAGAGCUAAGGCCAGGACAUUUUACAGGAUGCAGUAAAAGACAGCUCUGCAUUUGUUUGCCUAUAAACAUUCUACCUGGGACUUCUUGCCUAGUGCCCUACCAAGAUCUCUCCAACAGUUCUUUAUUGGAUUGAAAGACUUGUAUAAAUGACACCACCUUCCAGUGAAUGAACUCAAACAUUGACAUGUAAAUGUAUUUAUUAUAGUAGACAUUCAUUCAAAGGUGGUAGACAAAUGUUUUAAUGUAUGUAGAUAGAAUAUUAUACAUUUUAGUGGUUUAGCAAUAAGAGGAGAGGUGGUAACUACUGCUACUGGGUACAUGUGUAACCUAAAUACUUUGGGCAGGCACAGGAUGAGCAUUAAAAUGGAUCUAUCAGAAUAAAAAAUAAAAAAAUACUACUUUAAAGCAGAAGCUGACAUGUACAAAAUGUUGUAAUUUCAGAAGAAAUAACAGCUAUAUAAAAUAAGCUCAUCCUUCCCUGCGCAUAAAGUGCCAAUGGCAUUAUAUAAAUGAUCUAUCAGUGUCGAUCAAGUACAAAGAUUUCAUAUAAACAAGAUUUCUGCAAAGGGAGUUUGUAUGUCUCAGAGGAGGCAACUCAGCGUUUAGGCUGGCUUCACAAUUGUGCAAUGCAGAAACAAGCUUCUUAUCAUAGAUUAUAGCAAUGCGCGGUACGUCCUUCAUUGUGGUGACAUUAGAAUGGUACCCCAAUACAGACAUACAGUAGCUGUGAAUGCACCUAAGCUACAGUGCACCACAAAAUAUAUACUGUGAAUUGUGCUGUGUUCCUGAAAAUGCUGCGGGUGCGUUUUUUCAAAGCAGAACUAAACUCUCUCAAUCAACAUUCAUUGUUUUUAAUCCUUAUGCUGCUAGCAUUUGUAUAUAGAUAGGAAAUUAUAUUAUAUUGACUUGUUUCAAACUUAGGCCAAAAAAUGAUGUCAUACAUCGCAGGUGUUUUCAUGGCAUUUUUUUCUUUCAUUUGGAGGAGGGCAGGGUGGGCUUUCUUAGCUAAGCAUACCCUCCUUAAUUAAGGGCAGAUGGAUUCCAGGAAGUAAAUGUUACAAGAAUCAUCUGCCCUUACUCAAGAUGGCUGCAACUAGAAAUGCUAAGGGGUGUUUUUUAAAGUGAUUUCUCAUCAAAAUAAUGCAAGGUGGCAUGAAUGAAUGGAUGGGUGAGUUUGCUUUGAAUAAUAAAAAUGUAUUAAAUAG